CUGCAUUUUCCUCGAUGUAUCUCCGCCCCUUUUCAUCCCUUGAAACGGCACUCUCUCUCGGAGCUCAGUGGUGAGAGGACAAACAGACUUUAACGUUUUGUAUAUAUAUAUUUGUUGCUGGAUAAACGAUGGUGUUCACCCGCCCCUCAAACAUUCCAUUUCCCACGACCUGGAGGAAGUUCUCCACAUCCAAGGGUACACUCCGCGUCCAGGACUUGACAGAGGACUUGCAUGAGGCAGCUAUUGAUCUUCUCACGAAGUACUUCAUGAGGGAUGAACCGCCUUGCAAGUAUAUUGGAAUUCAAAACUACCCAUCAGCGGUCAAAGAACUGCAGAACCUCUGGCGUACUCCGCUCAAGGAGAAUCUCUCCCUGGUCUGCGUGGAGGACAAUGAUGAGCAGCCUCCGAGGAUCGUGGGGGUGAACGUGCUGACCGUCGUGUGUAAGGAGGAUAAGGAGGAAGCUUUUCAGACCGACGACAAGAUCUGGGCGCAACUCUUCGGCGCGGUGGAGCUGGUCAGCAAGUCAGUGGACGUGUUCCAAAGAUACCAGGUGGACAAGUACCUGACAGCAUACGGGCUGGUGGUGGACCCGGCGUGGAGAGGCUGCGGCGUCGCCAAGGAGCUGCUGGUAGCCAGAAUCCCCCUCUGCAAAGCCCUAGGCAUCAAGGUGACAGCAACUGUCUUCACAGCAGCGGCAUCUCAAGCCGUUGCCAAAAAAGCAGGCUUCAUCGACCUUUACGAAAUAACAUACGAAGAACUAGCUAAAAAAGGUUUCGUCUUCCCCGGCGUUGAGAAAGAUACGAAAUCUUCAAAGUUAAUGGCGUUGGCCAUAGAGUAAUUUAAAAAGAAAGUGUGUAUUGCCAUAUAUGAAAAUUUUAACCGAUUGUAUGGGAUGUUGAUAAUUUACGAACAAGUUUCAUAACUUCCGAAUAGUAAUUAUUAACAACCGUUCCUAAUAUUCUUGCAAUAUGUUGAUUGGCUUAGGUACUAAAGAUAGAAUUUUGACUUUAGUCAACUAAAAGUAACGUAAUCUAUGGUAUGCAAAACAAGUUAUAGACAGAAUAUUGGGCAUGACCAUACAUAAAUCAUUUCUUGAAUGAUUAAUUACUGAAAUUAAAUACCAAUUUCUUGUUAUAAUAUUUAUCCUAUUUAAUAAUUUGGAGGUGGUGAAACUGGGUGCUUUAAAACCAAGUAUUAAACGAUGAUCUCAUUUUGUAUGUAACGUUAAAAAUGUACCUGUUAUAUCAUAAGCUGCUUUAACUUAUAGUCAUUUACCUUUAAUUAUAUGAUCUCAUAAUACUUAGGUAUUUAUACUAUUUAUUCAAUGAAAGUCUGUUUGCCCAAGUUGUGGUCCAAUACCUUGAAAAAAGGCAUUACUGCUGAAGCCAAGAAAUACCGAUUUUUAUAAUUUAACUAGACUCCAACUAAAGUCUAACCAAGUUCAUGGAUUUAUAGGUACUCUGUAUUUUUUUUUAU